AUGAUCGCCGGCGUAGCAGAAGACGAAGAGAAAUGGCUUUCAGCUGGGAUCGCCGGUCUUCAACAGAACGCCUUUUUCAUGCAUCGAGCACUUGAUUCGAAUAAUUUGAAGGAUGCACUCAAGUACUCAGCUCAGAUGUUGUCAGAACUCCGCACUUCGAGGCUUUCCCCUCACAAAUACUACGAGCUUUAUAUGAGGGCAUUUGACGAAUUGAGGAAACUGGAAAUAUUCUUCAAGGAGGAGGCCAAUCGUGGUUGCUCCAUUGUUGAGCUGUAUGAGCUCGUCCAACAUGCUGGCAACAUUUUGCCUAGAUUGUAUUUGCUUUGCACAGUGGGCUCUGUAUACAUAAGAUCAAAAGAAGCUCCCGCGAAGGAUGUUCUCAAGGAUCUUAUAGAAAUGUGUCGUGGCAUACAGCAUCCCGUUCGUGGGCUCUUUUUGCGGAGUUAUCUUUCUCAAGUCAGUAGGGAUAAAUUGCCUGAUAUUGGUUCAGAGUAUGAAGGGGAUGCUGAUACUGCUAUGGAUGCUGUUGAAUUUGUUCUCCAAAAUUUUACAGAGAUGAACAAACUUUGGGUUCGAAUGCAACAUCAGGGACCUGCUCGGGAGAAGGAGAAGCGGGAAAAAGAAAGGAGCGAGCUUCGUGAUCUUGUUGGAAAGAACCUUCACGUUCUCGGUCAGAUUGAGGGUGUUGACCUUGAUAUGUAUAGAGAAACUGUUCUUCCAAGAGUGUUGGAGCAGGUUGUCAACUGUAAAGAUGAGAUUGCCCAAUAUUAUUUGAUGGAUUGCGUAAUUCAAGUCUUCCCCGAUGAAUACCACUUGCAGACUCUUGAAACAUUAUUGGGUGCUUGCCCUCAGCUUCAGCCAUCUGUUGACAUAAAAAUGGUUCUUGCUCGACUAAUGGAGAGGCUUUCAAAUUAUGCUGCUUCUUCUGCAGAAGUCUUACCCAUAUUUUUUCAAGUAGAAGCUUUUGCAAAGCUAAACAAUGCCAUAGGCAAGGUUAUAGAAGCACAGGAUGACAUGCCAAUUUAUGGUGCAGUAACUCUAUAUGCAUCUCUUUUGACAUUUACUCUUCAUGUACAUCCUGAUCGGCUUGAUUAUGUCGACCAAAUACUGGGAGCAUGUGUUAAGAAACUUUCUGGAAAAGGAAAACUUGAUGAUAGUAAAGCAACAAAACAGAUUGUUGCACUUCUAAGUGCUCCACUUGAGAAAUAUAAAGAUAUAGAUACUGCAUUGAAGCUCUCGAACUAUCCCCAGGUCAUGGAAUACCUAGAUAUUGGAACAAAUAAAGAGAUGUCUAAUGUUAUUAUUCAAAGUAUAUUGAAAAAUAGGACCUGCAUUUCAACUGCCGAGAAGGUAGAGGCACUCUUUGAAUUGAUUAAGGGGCUCAUUAAGGACAUAAAUGAAAAUCUUCAAGAUGAGCUUGAUGAGGAUGAUUUCGAAGAGGAGCAGAAUUCUGUUGCACGGCUUAUUCAAAUGUUGUAUACUGAUGAUACAGAAGAGAUGAUGAAAAUCAUUCAUACUGUGAGGAAGCAUAUUAUGACUGGAGGACCAAAGAGGCUUCCGUUUACUGUUCCACCUUUUACCUUUAGUGCUUUAAAGUUGGUUAGGCGACUGCAAAGUCAGAACAAAAACGUAUCUGGAGAAGAGGUAGCAGCUACACCAAAGGAUAUCUUUCAGAUUUUGAUGCAGACAAUUGAGGCUUUAUCAAGUGUUCCAGUUCCUGAACUAGCACUACGGUUGUAUCUGCAAUGUGCUGAGGCUGCAAAUGACUGUGAUCUAGAACCUGUGGCCUAUGAAUUUUUUACCCAAGCUUAUAUUUUGUAUGAAGAAGAAAUCUCGGAUUCAAAAGCUCAGGUGACCUCCAUACACCUGAUAAUUGGGACUCUUCAGAGGAUGCAUGUCUUUGGUGUUGAGAACAGGGAUACAUUAACACACAAGGCCACGGGGUAUUCCUCAAAGCUAUUGAAGAAGCCCGAUCAGUGCAGAGCUGUAUAUGCAUGUUCACACCUUUUCUGGCUUGACGAAAACAAUGACAUGAAAGACGGGGAGAGGGUCAUGCUUUGUUUAAAGCGUGCCUUGAGAAUUGCAAAUGCCGCUCAACAAAUGGCUAAUGCAACUCGAGGGAGCAGUGGAUCAGUCGUACUCUUUAUAGAAAUAUUGAACAAGUAUCUCUAUUUCUACGAGAAGGGGGUGUUGCAGGUUACCGUUGAUUCAAUACUGAGUAUGAUCGAAUUGAUCAAACAAGAGACGAGCGGUGAGAAUACAACACCUGAUCCAGCUACCGAUGCUUUCUUUGCAAGUACACUGCGGUAUAUUCAAUUCCAGAAGGACAAAGGUGGUGUAGUGGCUGAGAAAUACAAGCCUAUUAAAACGGAAUUUGCUUAA